CCACAUGCACACAAUUUUCCUUUCUUGCCCAUAAACAAUUUCACACGUCAUUUUUCUCUUUUAUUUGAUCUUAUCCAUAACAUUUUCCUUGCUCCCCAAUUAAUCCCAGCACAUUGGAUGCCACUCUUGAUAGAAUGUUCUCACACCAAACACACAUUACAUAAAGAGAGAGGAAGACAUGAGAGAACGGGGAGAGACGACACAGAACAUCGGCUUUUGGACAGAGACAACACCCAUUUUAGGAUUUGGCUCUCUGUUAUUGCUCUCACAGAAAAUCAGGCCAAAAUACCAUAGAUGCGACACCAGCCACCACCAGUAGAGCCAUUGUAGAUCUGUCCCCAAAACUGCCAUGGGUCCUCCCUAACAAGCCAUUUUCAUGGUUGUUUCGCCAUUAAUUGUUGAGUAACGUCGAGUAUUGUUCGAGUGCCCCGGUCGACACUUUUCUGUUCAAGGUCCGAUCAGAGGCGUGAAUUGAUUUUCAAUUUAGUGCAAGUUUGCUGUCAAUUGUUUUUGCUUUUCGGUGUCAUACUCAGAGGCAUUCUUAAAUCAAAUUCUGAAAGAAAUUUUGGUUUCAAUAAAGGUAUAUUCCAAACUUCAAGUUUACAAAAGGGCCUGGCAGUAGGAAACUGCAGCUCAUGUUGAAGUGAACUCUCCUGGUCCUCCUGUUAAUGUGGUUUCUAAUAUGGUUUCUGAUUCUGUCAAGCCAUCUAAGUCUGGUAAUGUUUCAAUGGUCCCUGGUUUGACACAAGAUCAAUUCUCCCAAAUGAUGAUGUUACUGCAACAAUCCCAUUUUUCUGUCGAUUCCUGCUCUACUCCCACUCUAAUGGCUUCUGCUAACUUUGCUGGUAAGUUGUUAUCAGAAAGUAUUCCGCUCAAGUCAUGCAUGCUUUCACAAGUAGAUAGUUUUAUUUGGGCUAUAGACUCUGGAGCUUUUGAUCACAUGACCUCUUAUAAGGAUUUACUUUUUAAUCUGCAAACACUACCUGUACCUUGUCUAGUUUCUCUUCCAAAUGGUUACAAAGUCAAAGUUCAUUUAGUAGGAUCCUUGACUUUAUUUUCAAAUUUCACAAUUCAUCAUGUUCUUUAUCUUCCUUCCUUUCAAUACAAUCUUAUUUCAAUUCAUAAGCUGUUAGAACAAUAUAAUGUGAUUAUUCUGUUUACCAGAACUCUUUGUGCUAUACAGGCCCCUUCUCUGAAGAUGCCUCUGGUUCUUAGUAAAUUGGACCACAGUCUCCAUAAACUUUUACUUCCUCCUAUUGCUUCUGCCAGUACCACAUCCUAUUACUCAUCUAUUGUUACUUCCCCUGUUAUUUCCCUUGUUUUUCCCUUAUCUGUGUUUUUCCUGAGAUACAAGCAAAUGUAAAGAAUGUAAUUGUUGUUGAUGCUCAUGAAACACAUGUAAAUACUAAUGCAACUCCGAAUAAUAUCAAUGAAAUGGAUGCAGUUUGGCAUUA